UCACAUGACACAAUGCAAGCUGAUCGUCGAUCCAUAGCUAUAGUCGUACCUACAUCACACCACUAGCGAACGGAAAAUGGCAAAGGAUUCGCGUGUCCUAGUAUUGAGCCGGAGCACGGUGAAGGCGUCUGUUACCCUUGCGGCGGCACCACGCGUCGUCGCCGUCUUCAACCUCGACCUGCUGCCUAAGAGCAUCCCCAACUCGCUCUUCUGCGUCUACCGUAGGCCCAACGCCGGCGGCGGCUUACGAGACGUGGUCGCAGCCUUCGAGGCCAGCCUACCGUCCCUGCUCGACCACUUCCUCCCCCUGACCGGCCGCAUCGUCGCCGACCCGCGGUCAGGGCGCCAGGAGCUGCUGCACUGCGACAACCAGGGCGCGGAGCUCGUCGGCGGCGAGGUGGGCGUGGCUCUCGCGAGUCUGAACUAUGGCAACCUGGGCGCGUCAUUGGCUGGGAUCGGCGUCCCUGUUCAGUACGAUGCCGCCGUCGCCCUCUCGGUGCAGCUGGUGUCGUUCGCCUGCGGCGAGUUCGCCGUGGCGUGGGCUAGCAACCACAUGCUCCUGGAUGUUGGCGCCGCCUCUCCUCGCAGCGCCUUCUUCUUCUUCUUGAUUGUCUCUCACACCUCAACCUUCUCUUUUAUGAUUUCUAUCAAACACACAUCAUGGAAGAAACUCUUAAAAAACACACACACCCAUGCAUGGUCCAAGGAAGAAGGAGGCAAUAGCUUUGCAAGAGACACCUUCCUCUUGGUCAGUCGCGACUACAUCUUUUUCUCAGCCCUCACGGCCUCAUUUUAUUCAUUACUCCAACGCAAGGAAUCAAGAUUAAAGCUAACACUGGACGGGUACUCGCUGUGCAUGCUCGCCAACGCGUGGUCCGAGCUUGCGCGCUCCGGGGCCGUGUCGGCCGCGCCGAACCAGGACCGCUCGGUGUUCCGCCCACGCGCCCCGCCGUCGUACAGCCCGUCGCUAGGCGAGGCAUUCACGGCGAUGAACAAGGAGCAUCUCGUCAACGCUCUCACAACUGAAAGCUCCUUCGUCCAGCACACCUACUACGUGGAGGCGCGUGACCUCGAGAAGCUGCGCGCGCAGGCAAGCCGGAGCCGGGCGGACGGCGAGGCCACCCGCCUCGUGGCGCUGUCCGCGUACCUGUGGAAGGCCUUGGUCGCCGUCGUGGGCUCGUCCGACAAGAGAUGCCGCAUGGGCUGGUGGGUGGACGGGCGGCGCCGUCUCACGGCGUUGUGUAUCUGGCCCCCGUUGCCGCUGCUGCUGCGGCGGUGGCCACCGCUGCACUUGCACUGGCCGGUCCGAUUGAAUAAAAAAAAUAGUACCACACGGCUGGUUUCUAAAUAUGUUACGCAGCUUAAACAGGCUGCUGGUGGGCUACGGAUCGCCGACGACGUGGUCACGAGCCGGUUAGCGCUGGCCCAUCGGGUCUGCUGA